AUGAUGUUCACGGCCGCUCCGACUAUGCGUCUGGGAAACAAGGGCUUUUCCGCGAGCCCGGCCUCGACGAGGGCAGGCAGCAGCUCUCCACCUGUUCCAACGGCAUUCUUCGCGCCGUAUCCGCACACUGUGCCUGCCACGCGCCACAGCUACCCGGAUGAGAGUUCGCCCGGCUCUUCGGAGUCCUUGGUCAGUAUAGCAGGCGACGACAUGCUCGCCACUCGGCCUUUGAAUCCCAGUCGAAUCAGCCCACCCCCUGGACUGGAGCACCUGGGCUCCCCAGUCCUCUCAGAAGCCGAAGCUCGCCCGUGUCUUGAACCUUUCUUCCUCAGCCCACCGGCUUAUCGGCCACAGGUUGCCGAGCUGCCGAGAACCCCACCACCCCCAACCACGCAGCCACGGUUGUGGCGGGCGGUUCCGCCGCCACCUUCAGCCCCAGCGCCGGAGAUCCUGUCACAGGAGGCCUUUGCAACUCCUCCACCGCGUGAGGAACCUUGCCUGCGCCUUGCACUCUCCAGCUACCUGCAUGAGAAGACUGGAGUUCAAGCUGCGCACCAUGAAGACUGCAAGCCCUGCGCGUUCUUCCACACCAAAGGAUGCCGGAGUGGGAGCAGCUGCGCCUUCUGCCACAUCUGCCCGCCAGGGGAGAAGAAGCGACGACAGAAGAUCCGGCGAGCAGCCAUGAACCGAAGCUUUACGACUGCAGAGAGCGAGCCAACUUACGGCUGGUGA